AUGCUUCUAUGGAUUUUAGCGGUCGCUUUAUGGUGCAUCGCUGUGGCAGUCGACGAAAAUGCAAUUGAUGAGGCUAGCGCAGAGUUGCUCACCAACAGCACUAACACAAACGCAACUUUGGGACCAACAAAGGAACUGAUAAGGAAGAUCGCAAGGCGUAUGGAGCUUGUUCAUGCGCGAAGAGGUAGAGGAGGUAAACGUCGCGGUAAAGGGCAUCGUUUCGAUGAGAAGAGUUUUCGAGCGGCUGUGGGUCCUCGCGACACUAAUCACACUAUACCACCGGAGGCUGACAAACGCAUAAGGGCGGUCGCCUUUGAAGGAGACAUGAUUCUAAAUCCUGAGCAGAUAGAAGAGCUACUUGCUACAAGAACUAAUGAGGAAUCCGAAGAAUCGGGAUCAGAGUCGGAUAAUUCUACCGAAAGGAGGAAGAGGCAAGCCCAAACUGAUCAGCAAGCUAUGUGGAGCCCAAACGAGCCCAUAGCAUAUUAUAUUGAUUCCUCGCUAUCCUCGUACACAUCUCUAAUAAAUCAGGCUAUUCAGUACUGGACCGAGCACUCGUGCCUUACAUUUACGCUGAACGCCAAUGGGAAAAAUCGUCUUCGCAUCUAUAAGGGUAGUGGAUGCUGGUCAUAUGUUGGCAAACAAUAUGCAUGGACUAGUCAAGACGUCUCAAUCGGAAAUGGCUGUCAAUAUAGACAGUUACGUCACGUAAACCUCGCUAAUGUCGAGCAAUCACAGCAAUACAACUUUGAUAAGCACACAUAUCAAACUGCAAACCAUUACGGGUUACCGUACGACUAUGGCAGCGUUAUGCAAUAUGAUCCAUAUUCGUUUGCUAUAAACUACAAUAUACCAACGAUCACUGCAAAGGAUAUCAACUAUCAGAACAUUAUGGGACAACGAGAAUCGCCCUCCUUCUACGAUGUGAGACAACUGAAUCUGCUAUACAAUUGCGCAUCUCGAUGUAGCUACAAGCCAAGUUGUCAAAAUAACGGAAUUGUAAACUCCAAGACUUGUAGUACUUGCCUCUGCCCACGCGGUUUCAGCGGCAACUAUUGCGAAUCCGUGCAGAAAGGCACUGGUUCGGCCUGUAAUGGACGGAUAGUCCAGGCAAGCUCCACGUCACUUUCCACCUUCACUGCUAGUGUUGGCAAUGGAAAUGAUUACCAGUACCGAAGCACUCCGUAUGAAUGCUACUGGCAGAUCAAAGCGCCAGCAGGACGUCGGAUACAGUUCCAGUUACAAAAGAUGGAUACUUACUGUAGGGAGGGCUGCGAUUGGGCGGGUUUCGAAGUGAAUACUGGCAAUCUUGAUCGCUCAGGAAUGCUGUGA